CGCGGAGGCCCCGCGUGGGGGAGGACCGGGGCGAUGCGAGGUAGGCUCGCGGCCACGCGACCCGGAAGGAGACGGGCGCGCGGCGGCGCAGGUCAUGGUCACGCCGAUGCCGCCGCCGCCGGAGCCUGAGGUGGUAGCGCGGAAUUUGGCGGCACCGACGGCAUCUGAGGUGAGAGCGGAGAUUGUGGCGGCACCCACGGCACCGGAGGUGAGAGCGGAGAGUGUGACGGCAUCGGCGGAGCCUGAGGUGAGAGCGGCGAGUGCGGCGCCAUCGGCCGCGCCUGAGGUGGUGAGAGUGGAGAAUUUGCCUGCGCACCCGCAACCGGGACCGAGGCCGAGGCGGCGGUGGUGGUCGGGGAUCCCGUGGACGAGGCUGCUGCUCGGAGGCCUGCUAGUGGUGGCGGUCGGCUAUGCCUUCUACAAAUGGGGGCUCCCCCUCUUAUCAGACAAGGUGCUCUUGCCGAUCAUGCGAUGGGAGGCGACAUCUUUCGGGCGUCCUGUGCUGGCUAUCGUGCUGGUCAUUUCCAUGUCCGUCUUCCCUACCGUGUUCCUGCCCUCUUUCCCGUCCAUGUGGCUGACAGGGAUAAUAUUCGGCUACGGCCUGGGCCUCUUGAUCAUCCUGGUUGGCACCGGCAUAGGCAUGUCCAUACCGUACUGGAUCGGCUCCCUGUUCCUCCAUCAUAUUCAUGGAUGGUUGGAGAAGAAAUGGCCUCAGCAGAUAGCCCUGAUCAAACUGGCCGGCAGAGGGGGCUGGUUCCAGCAGUUCCGGGUGGUUGCGCUGUUACGGCUCUCGCCGUUCCCGUAUGUGAUGUUCAACUAUGUCGCAACCAUCACCCAGAUCAACUUCACCCCUUACAUUUGUGGCUCGGUUGUCGGAAUGGUACCUGACGCGCUGGUCAACAUCUACAGUGGCCGGUUGAUCCUCGCACUGGCGGACCUGAAGUACGACCAGCGUCGGAUGACAACGGUGGAGAUAGUGUACAACGUCAUCUCUGCCAUCGUUGCAGUUCUUAUAGGGGUCGGGUUUACGGUCUACGCGAGACGAGCCUUGGAUGGCAUACAAAGCGCGGAAGGCGCGCGGCAACCUGAACCCGCUGUCGUCCCUGCUGUCCCCGCACCGGAGCUCAGUGAUCGCCAUCGAAGUUCCAGCUCUGUGCCGGCGUCAGAACUCGGUGGUGAUCGCCAAAGAAGUUCCAGCUCCGUGCCAGUUGAUGUUGUGUAGUGGCAUACUGGCAUGCAGUGGAUUCUUUAAAGAACUGCAAUGCUUGAAAGAUCCAGCCAGGGUUUUACAGAAUGUUCUGAACCCUGCUGCAGCACUUGUGUUGGUUGGGUUGGGUGUCAAAGGUCAAGACUUCGUGGGUUCUUCUAACCUGGAACAAUGUGGAUUUACCUGACCGGCUUUCUUUAGUUAGAACCACACACGAAUAGCAGAAAACAGGGUGACGGUUAGGCUCCGUCUGGUGUUGCAUAGCUUUUCAUAAGCAUUUGUUUCAUUUUGUGAAUGUAUUACAGUUAGAAAAUAUCUUUCUUAGAAAUAACAGAGAAUUCUUGCUUGGAUUAGUAAUAGUAUAGAGAUUGUUUGUGGCUGUUGC